UGAUGCACUACAAAAGCUCAAUGACUGUAAACCUCAUACACUGUGUGCCAGGGAUGACAGAUCCACGCUCGACAAAGGCGGGUUUUCUGGCAACACAGUGGUUAUUAUUCAACGUGUUUGUAAUGAGCUGAAAUCGCACUAAUUCAAAAAAAAACUGGAAUACACUUUUUACACAAAACCUCAACUGCCCUGUCUGUUUCCACUUAGCAUGACUUACAAGUUGUUUAUACGUUGGAAGUGAAUCCUGGGAAACAAAGUUGAAAAACAAAAGCUGUAGUAUUGAAAUUGAAAACUUGUUUCCAGAUAUACUUCUUGGAAGGCGUACAACCGCAGUUCCUGGAAGUGGCUGACACUUCUUCAGAGAAAGCAGGAAGUGUAGGGAUGAGGAGUGGUGGUGGCAGAAAAGCUAAACUGUGACAUCAGGAAGAGAAAGCAAGCACGGUUUCCUCCAUUGCAACAAUCAACAGACUUCCUUUACCCCCCCGAGGUGGAAGAUGCCCUUCAUUAAGGACAGGCAGAAAGCGGAGGACAUUUCAGCGGUGUACGAGCUGAAGGAAAAACUGGGAGAAGGCUCCUUCUCAGAGGUGUGGGUGGCUCAGCAUCGCCACUCUCAGAGGCUUGUAGCUGUCAAGUGCAUCCACAAGAGGGCGCUGAAGGGAAAAGAGGCUUUGUUGGAGAACGAAAUCGCUGUGCUUCGCAAGGUCCACCAUGAGAACAUCGUCUCGCUGGAGGAAACCUUCGAAACGCCAGCGAAGCUUUAUCUGGUGAUGCCUCUGGUGACGGGCGGGGAGCUGUUGGAGCGGAUUCUGGAGAGGGGGAGCUACGCGGAGAACGACGCCCGUCCUGUGAUCCAGCAGGUCCUGGACGCAGUCAGAUACCUCCACCAGCUGGGCAUCGUGCACAGGGACCUGAAGCCUGAGAACCUGCUGUACGAAAGUCCUGGAGAAGACUCCAGAAUCCUCAUCAGUGACUUUGGCCUUUCCAAAAUGGAAGAACAAGGAGUUCUGUCCACCGCCUGUGGGACCCCUGCUUAUGUGGCUCCAGAGUUUCUUCAGCAGAAAACCUAUGGCAGAGAGGUGGACCUGUGGGCCAUCGGGGUCAUCUCCUACAUACUGCUCUGCGGCUAUCCUCCGUUUUACCAUGACAACGACACACAGCUCUACCGGCAGAUCGUAGAGGCGGAGCACGAGUUUGAUUCGCCGUACUGGGACAGCAUCUCUGAGUCAGCCAAAGACUUCAUAUCACACUUACUGCAAAAAGACCCAGAUACACGAUACAACUGUGAACAGGCCUUACAGCAUACUUGGAUCUCCGGUGGGGAAGUACUGGAGAGGAACAUUCACAGCUCUGUCAGUGAACAGAUCCAGGAGAACUUCGCCAGGAGCCAGUGGAAGAGGGCCUUCAACGCCAUCGUGGUGCUGCGUCGCCUCAGUAACAAGGCCCGGGACGCCGAGGAUGAGGAAGAGAUGGAGGACCGCGCUACCGCCGCAGGAGAAACUCGCUAAAUGAGCUGCUUAGGCUGAGCGUCAGAGCGACUGUCUCACAUCCCGGUGUUAUCUGCGGAUGUGCUGCGUGCAAGCUGAAUUAUAUCUGUCAAAUGGGACCUGCACAGUGCAAUGCUUCCAUUCAGUCAUACGACAGGAAGCACAAGACAUGCCCUUUCUGUGGACCAGCGAACGCUGUCUCAGGCUGUAUUUGAAAAAAAAUGCAUUUUGCUGUGUGGAACAGGAAAAGAAAACGUCUGGAAACGGCUUGUACUGGUGCUUUCUGUGUGUUUGUGUGUGUGUUUUGUGAUGUCUUUUCACUAAUCGGUACCUGAACUGGUACGUGUUCUUCCGGUGAUGCAAACAGACCGACCUUCUGCAAUUUCCUGAUAAAUAAUCAUUCCCAGAGCAUUGAUGUACUGCAUUAAGUGUGAUAAAUGUGCAGUUUCUCCUACUUUCACUUUCAUGAAGGAAAUAUUAUGAUGGCUCAAUACUCAUCAUCAUUAAACAAAAUAUGAUUAAUUACUAUGGGAAUUUUUACACAAAUGGAUUUGAGUAUGAUGAUGAUGAUUCUUGGAUAUCAGAAUUUCAAUUUUUUAUAGCCUAUACACAUGAAGAAAGUGUAUUCGUUUUUCAUUCACGAUGCGUCAAAAUUCCAACUGUGUAAAAAUUGCAUCCACUGUAAUGUAAUUUGUUGAUGACCUUUUGAACUUUUAGUCGACUAUACACAAAUCACUCAUUCUCACUAAUGUCAAGAGUCUGUAUUUUACUUCUGAAUCCGUAUAAAGCUAUAAAAUGUUACACCUCA